AUGGAGACUGGGAAAGGGCAUUUGCCCAAGAAACGUCCCAUGAAGCAACGCUGUCAGCAGGAGACAAAGCUGUUAACUUUCCCUGGGUUCUUGGUUCUGCUCCUGCUGCUGCUGCUUCUGGCUUUGCCAUCCUUUGCCCAUCCCGGGCCCACUCCCACCGAUGAGAGCGGAGAGAUUGUGGUAAGUCGUUCCUGGGGUAUGGUGCCCCAGAUCCAAUGUUCUCUGCCAGCUAGCGUGAAUUUUAAGGUUGUGCAGCAACCAAAGAAUCCAACGCAACAUUUGCUCGAACGAAAAUUUGUGCAACAGACUGAAAGCCGAUUGAUUACUGAUUCUUUUUAAAACAUGCACUCCCUGCUUUUCCAAGUAAACCCUCUCAAGGUAGGUGUUAGGUUGUGGGUGAACAUAUCAGACGACACAGCGGUUCUUCAAACAGCUCUUGUUUAUUCACAGGCCCAGAACAGAACUGAACUAAAGGGUUCAGCCAACCUGCUUAUAUAGAGCUCCACUACAAAACAACAGUAACAACUUUCUGUAACUAUCCAAUCACUGAACGUCACUUUCAAUUCCUUAUUUGCAUAUGUGGACCUGAGUGAAAACUAUCUACAGUAUCCCCCUGCUGGCCCAGGGUGAGAACUUCAGUACAUGACAGUAGGGUUCCAAUAAUCCAGAGCCCCAAAACCCGGACAAGUUUGGGGCACCUCCCCGCCACCCUGCAGCUCCCUUGCUUGCCCCCUCCCUGCCAAUUACCCCUCCCUCCCUCUCACCCGCCUGCUCACCACCUCCUCCCCUCCCCUCUCUUUGGUCUCCUGCCCUCUGAAAGAUGAGAGGUUGAGCGGCCCCGGGAAGACUGUGCCAGGAAAGCCCUCUGGGGACUCCACUGGGCCUAGUGUCACCCACGGAGGGCUGUGGAAGGCCCGGUGGUUGCCAAAAAUCCUACCAGCCACCCCCCUCCCCACCCAAAAUUUUUAAAAAUAAAAAUAAUUACAAAAUACAAAAAUCCAUUGGGAGGGGCAAGCUGGCCACCAAAAGAGGACAUGUCCGGGAAAACCUGGAUGUAUGGCAGCCCUAUCUCAAGGUGACUUACAUAGUAGUUUAUGAAUCAAAAUACAUCAGUGUUUAUAUACAUAUAUAUGACAAGAUUAUGAUUAUGGUUUAUUGAAUUUAUAUACCGCCCUAUACCCGGAGGUCUCAGGGCAGUUCACAGAAAAGAUCAACAUAAAAACCACAAUAUAUAUAAUCAAAAUAAAAACAACAACCCAAUAACACCUGCUCCGCCCUCCCCCAAAAGAGCCACAUUAUAAAAGGGCAUAGGAUGUCAAUCAGAUCAGCCAAAGGCCUGGUUAAGAAGGAACGUUUUUGCCUGGCAUCUAAAGGUGUAUAAUGAAGGCGCCAGGUGAACUUCCCUGGAGAGAGCAUUCCACAGACGGGGAGCCACUGCAGAGAAGGCCCCGUUCUCAUGUUGACGCCUUCCAGAUCGCUCAAGAAGGACGACGUGUACAAAAAAAACACACCCGUGGGGCAUAGGAAGGUGGGGGUAGUGGGGGCAUACCGCCCCGGGUGUCUUUGCUGAGAGGGGUGACAUUCAGUGUGCCGCCCGCUUGCAACUCUCAAGCCGACCCCGAGUCGUCGGGGGGAAGGGGGGAGCUGCAACACUUCGAUGGCAGCAUUCUCCCCUUCCCCCUUUGUUUUGACGGCUUGGGAGUUGCAGACAGGCAGCGCGCCGAAUGUCCGCCAUUGGUGGCUCACUCCUUCCCCAUGGGCGGCUUGCUCCGCCCCUGGCUGAAGGGCAUACGCGCCGCUCCGAGCACCCAAGCAGCUAUCCUGCGCCUGGGAGGGCACCUUCCGUGCCUCACCCCCUUCGGGAGUACGCCCGCCCUGGGCAGCGAGGGCAUAUGCUUUGCUGCUUCAACCCAGGAGUAAUAAAAUACACAUUCAGCAGAUACUAUUAAAUUUAUUUUCCACAAAUCCAACUCUUGUCAAAGGGCAUCAUAGCAAAAUAGGCAUCAAUGGGCAGAACCACUUGAAACAGAGAAGUCUUCAAAGCCUUCCUAAAAGACUGGAAUGUGGUACUUUCUGGUCUUCCCAUAAGCGUCUAGCUGGCCGCUUUGAGAACAGGAUGCUCGAUUUGACAGGUCUUUUUUUUGCCUGGUGUAUUCUAGCCUUUUCUGACUCGGUCCCCUCCAGAUAUUUGGGACUACAACUCCCAUCAGCCUCGGCCUUCUUGGCCAAUGGGCAGGGAUGACAUGACUAUUGAUUUCAGCUCCCGGCAAAUGAAUCUGUGAAUCAGACAAAUAACACAAAGGGACAGGACUUUGGCACGCAGUGGUUCUCAACCUGUGCGUCCCCAGAUGUUGUUGGACUACAAUUCCUAUCAUCCCUGAGCUCUGGCCUUGCUAGCUAGUGAUGGGAGUUGUAGUUCAAGAACAUCUGGGGACCCACAGGUUGAGAAAGGCUGGUUAGAGGAUUUGAUAUCUUGGAAAGAAAGGUGAGAAAGCUACAUUGACCAGAGUUCUUUACCUAUUGUGUUUUCCCCUAGGAGUGGCUGACCCAGUAUGGAUACCUUCCUCCAGCGGAUCCCGUAACAGGCCAGUUGCAGACUUGGGAGGCAGUAACCAGUGCCAUUCGUGUAAUGCAACGUUUUGCAGGCAUUGCGGAGACUGGGAUUCCAGGUAUAGUUCUAUUUUAAAAAAGCAACUCUUAAGAAUUCUAGUUCCUGUUAUUUCUCACCGGCUAUGUUCACGCCAGACUUGUAUUGAAGCACUAACCUUGUAGCUCAUACCAGCAUGCUGGCCAGUAUGUGAAGUUUCAGUAGAGACUCUUGGUUGUGAGUCCCCCCUUGGUUGUUCGAACCCCGCAUUGGGUAAAAGAUUUCUGCAUUGCACGGACUUGGACUGGCUCCUUCUUUGGCACUUACUUUAUGGCCUUUCAGGUAGGAGAUUAAGACCUCCCUCCCAGCCCAGCCCUUUUAAAUUCCUAAUUUUAAAAUCUAAAAUCAGUUUUCAUUGUUUCCUGGGGUUGCUGUGUGAUUUCGUUACCCUGAUUUUAUUCUCUGCUUUAUAGUUUGUUAUUUAUAGUCAUUGAUUGAUUGAUUGAUUGAUUGAUUGAUCGAUCUCCCAACUGGGAUAGCUCAGUCAGUGGAGCAUGAGACUUUUAAUUCCAGGGUUGUGUGUUCAAGCCCCACAUUGGACAAAAUAUUUGAGCAUUGCGGGGCGUUGGACUUGAUGACCCUUGUGGUCCCUUCCAACUCUAUAAUUCUAUUCAAUCAUUCUGUUCUAUUAUAUAGAUAAAUAGUUGCCCAGAAAACUUUUCUGUUGUUUAUAAACAAACAGAUAGAUAAUGAACAGCUCUAAAGCUGGAUUCCAAAAAUCUCCAGUUGUAUCCCGUAUAAGUGAGCUCUGCAGAUGUAAUCCCUUGAGUCUGGAAUUGAUCCAAGUACAGAUAAGACCAGGAUUUAUGCUCAGAAAGGCUAGACUAAAGUAGAAUUCCAGGGGGUGGGGGUCAGAAUAUGCACCCCCCCAAAAAAACAAAACCUCUAAUCUUCUAAGGCAGGCGUAAAUGUGAUUCCUGGCCCACCAACUUUUGGGACUGCAGCUUCCAUCAUCCCUGACCAUUGGCCUUCUGUCUGGGGCUGGUGGGAAUUGUAGUCCCAAACCAUGCUGCCUAACCCUCUUUGAAUAAAACUACACAUCGUUUUCCACUGUUAUUCCAAGUCUGCAAGAUACUCUUGAGGCCAAGUUGAAUUGAUGAGUUUCAGAGGGCUUUCAGAGAUGACCAGAAUCUUAAAUAUCAUGGCAUCCAAAUCCAGACUUGUGGUCUGUUCCCCUCCAAAGAAACCGUGGCUGGAACGCAAGUUUUGUUCUUGGCUUAUUGCUUGUGGCUUGUUUGGAGGAAACAAGCCCAGAUUUGGAUACCAGAACACACCAGACUCUGGGAGCAAAAUGAGCCGUGUUUGAGCACACUGUAUGAGCACACCUGUAAUUUGCCUUAAACCACAGUUUACAUUUUAAUUAUGGUUCAAUGUCUGCAUGCAAGCCAACUCUGUGCCCGGGUUGUGCCACUUCAGAUUUUACGUGGGCGUGCACACAACAAAUACUCCUCAUUCCCAAAAUGUAACCGUGAGCAUUUGCCUGCAGUCUGAUGUGGUACCGUAAGUCUCAGGCACUGAUUCCCUACCUUGAUAAAAACUAGGCUCAGGUAGGCAACAUGGAGACCUCCUGAUGAGUGCAUUCCCAACGGCCCCAGCCGUAUGUACAUAUACAUGAUGGGAGCUGUAGUCUAUUAACAUCUGGAUGGCACCAUAUUGGUGACCCUUAAACUUGAGGGAUGCAAGAUUCUGGACUAGGAACAUAGGAAGCUUCUACUGAGUCAGUGUGCUGGCCGUAACCCGUGAAACACGGUCCAGGAUCCAACCAGAAUCCGAAGGUUCUGCUAGGAGUCAGUCCAACAGGGCCAAGGCAGGACAUGACGCAGGAAACCAGGCAAGGACAGGUACAGGAUCUCAGGCAGGAUCUAGCAUACAGCAAUGUUGCUCCUGCAAACUGGGGCGGAGUCCAACAGCCUUUUAUCUUUGUUAGGGUAGCGGCCAGUCCUGAUCCCCCGGCGACUCACCUCCCUGUUUUGCCCGAAGGCGAGCACUCCUCCUGCAAGUACUCAGGUCUCUCCUUCUCUCAGACCUUAGUCUCUGCAGCUUGGGAAACGUUGGUGGGUUACUAGACCCAGGGGCCGCCUCAGCCUCCCCUGACCCAACUGGUAGUGGAGCAGCUGUAAGUGAUGACAAUGAGGUAAUCCCCGCAUCUGGAGCCAGGGCAGGCUCAGGCCCCUGACUUGGCCCAGCUGGUGUUUGUUGCAGGGGAACCUGUGCAGACUGGAACUCUUCAGGACCAGGCCCCAGACUUGGUUCAGAUGAUGCCUGAGGCAAAGGAUCCGGUUCAUACUGAGUCUCCUCUGGUUCUGAGUCCGAGCCUGAGUCCUAGGCCAUCACAGUCAGACUCUUGAUCCAUCUAACUUAGUAUUGUCUACACUGACCGACAGCAACUAUCCAGGAUUCCAGACAAGAGUCUCUCCUAGCCCUGCCUGGAGAUUGACCCUUGGACCUUCUGCAUGCACUGCGGAUGUCCUACACUCUGAGCUACAUUUCUAUCAGCGCUGGAUUUAGAGUGGCGCAGGUGGUUCCCCCGGCACAGGGCACCAAGCCCAGGGGGCACAAAAUAACAACAACCAUCUAUAUUUAUAUUGGUACCUACUCAAAGUGUGUGUGUGUGUUGACCUCAUUCAUGGCACCAUAUUACAGAGCCCUCCCCUGUUUCUAUUUCCCUUGAACUCAAACAGACGAUGCCACGUUGGCUCUGAUCCGAAUGCCCCGCUGUUCGCUUCCCGACGUUAUCAGCACCUUCCCAGAAAAGCUUCCUCUGCGGAGGAGCAGGAGCAGGAAAAGGAGGAAGAGAAGGAAGAGUCGGAGCAAGCGGAGCGCAGGCUCGGUUUGGACGAAGCGGAACAUUUCCUGGAGGUAGGUAUCGGCAUUGUUGUUGCCAAUGUAUUUAUUUGCUCAAUUUCCCACUAGUAAUUGUUGUUGCACUGUGUCUCCCAUCAGCCCUGGCAGAGGCUGAUGGAAGCCCAGCAGUAUCUGGAAGGCUUCAAGGUCCCCAUCCUUGUUUCGGUAUGCCUGAAAGAUGAAGCAAGCUGGUGGUGCAUGACAAACGUGAAAACAAAGAAAGGGUUUCUGCAUGCUAGAUAGUCUACCUGUUGGACUGAACUGAGGAGAAAUGGUGGGGGCCGCCUUCCCCUUCUCCUGAAUCUUCCUGAGAACAGGAGGACAGUAUAGAUUUAGAACAGUGGUUUGCAGAAGGGCAUACUGUAGUUCAGAAGCUGGGAAAUGUUGGAAGAGGAACAGCAGGAAGAAGAAGCACCAGGGGAGAGACAGCUGACAGACUCAGUGUCUUUGGAAAGUAUUCCUGACCCCCUUCUCCCAAGACCUGGUGGGCAUUGAGGGUAGUGGGAGGGAUCUAACUCCCCAAAGCCUGACACUAUCAGGUCGCUAUGUGGGCCUUCACUUGUAACUUGUAACUAGCCUUUAUUGGCUGAAGUUAAAACAGCAAAAUCAUAAAAUCAUACAAAGUCAUCCAAAUUCAUUAAUAAUCCAAAUACAUACAAUAUAUCAAAGACUAAAUAGCAACCAUUGAAUAAAUCAGGCAACUUUAGCUUUUCAAGAUCUCGGCUAAGUACUCCAAAACAAUCUUGGUAGUUUCGGAAGUAUCAUCCCUCAACAAAUAUUGGAUUACAGACUCCUUGCAAAUCAGUUUUUUUGAGCUGUGAGGGGAUCAGGAGGAGAUCUCUGCAAUGGGCCUUCACCAAUGGACCUUCCCUUAGACGAGUUUUUGAUUUGAUCCAAGAAGGGUCUCCUCACCUUCCAUUCUGUGUCUGGUCCAGGCCAAAGAGGUGAGGGAUCUGGUUGCUUCCCAUCUGUACAUUGUCUCCAACAUAGAGUGAAGACCUACCCACGGGAAGCCCGCCUCAGCCGAGAGACCAUGCGAGUAUUGAUGUAUUAUGCCUUGAAGGUAUGGAGUGAAGCUACACCCUUGAACUUCCACGAGGUGGGCGGCCACACGGCUGACAUCUCUGUGGAGUUCCUCCGCCUGGACCACCGCGAUGGCUACCCUUUUGAUGGGCCGGGUGGAAUGGUCGCUCAUGCCUUCUUUCCUGGAGACCCUCAGAGGGCUGGCAACGUCCACUUUGAUGGCGACGAGGAAUGGACAUUCCGUUCACCAGGUGACUUGGCUUUCUUUGCAUGGUGGGUUGGGGAUGGAAGAGUCAAGGUGCAUUUCACCAUAAAGAGAAGGGAAACAGUGGCAGUGGAGGCAGGGCCACUGCCACAACUAGAAGAGGGAUUUGUCUUCCCAAUUUCCUUUUGGGAUAUUUAGUCACUAUCCACUUGAUGGUUGAGGCUUACAAAGCGCUUUGCCCUGGGCUUUGCAAGCACCGACCAUCAGUGGACAUUAUCGUAACGUCAUGAGGUGGGCCUUCUUUGCAGUGGCUCCCCGUCUGUGGAAUGCUCUCCCCAGGGAAGUUUGCCUGGUGCCUUCAUUAUACACCUUUAGGCACCAGGCAAAAACGUUCCUCUUUAACCAGGCCUUUGGUUGAUCUUAUUGACAUCCAACACCCUUUUAGAAUGUGGCCCUAGAGCUGGCGAAAUAGUCAUCCACUGAGAAUUACUUAAACUGCCUGGGUAUUUAAUUCGGUGCUGAAGUGAUAGCAGAGUUUGGUUUCUGUUGCAUUGGGAAGGUUGAUGAAAGCUUCCUUGUACCAUUUGCUCUGUAGACACCUUUUCAGCAGUUCAUCUGCUCUUGACUGUUUUGCACCUGUCUGGGACCCUUCAGGUCUUCCACUAGUGCUUGUGAGGACUCUGAGCCCCCUCCCCGCCACCCUCUUAGUGGUGACAGUUACCUUUUCCUUCCUCGAAAUCACAGAGAGCUACCUCUUUCAGCCCUAUGCGCUUUUCAUGGCUCAGAUUCCUUCUAGUGCAGGGGAAGUUAGUCUCUAUGUGCAUGCUAUCUCCCCUUCUGUUUUUCAGGGGUAGGGGGCUGCUCUGGGGUUAGGGAGCAGAGAAGUAACCACAUGGGGUGGUGCCUAUGACACUCAUUCAAAAAUCUAAACGUGCCCACGGAUCUGAAAAGGUUGGUGACCCCAGCCAUGGUUAGAUUGGUACUGAAUGGACACGUAUGCCUUGUGCAAGCCAUUGGGCUAAAUGGACUUCCUUCCUUCCUUCCUUCCUUCCUUCCUUUCUUUCUUUCUUUCUUUCUUUCUUUCUUUCUUUCCAGUUUCCAUUUUUUUUAUUUAUGCUUUUCAAGUUUAUACAUUUCACUAAUUUUAUACAUUUCACUAAUUUUACAAUCAUUCUGACAUUUCAAAACUUGACUUCCUUCCCCCUCUUUCUGCAGUUCCUCAAAUAUCAAAUAUUAAUAUCUUCUGCAUAUCCAAAUUAACUUAAUUUACUCAUUUAUUCAUCUUCUUUAAAUAUAUACUCCUAUAAAACCUGCAGGUUAUUACAACAAUCCUGCCAAUGUCCUUAUCUGUUUACAGUUUAUUUGUAAAUAGUCAAUAAACCAUUUCCAUUCUUUUAUAAAAAGUUUGUUAACUUGAUUUCUUAUUCUUCCGGUAAGUUUUGCCAUUUCUGCAUAUUCCAUAAGUUUUUGUAUCCAUUCUUCCUUUGCUGGGACUUCUGCUUCUUUCCAUAUUUGGGCAAGUAACAUUCUUGCUGCUGUAGUUGCAUACAUGAAUAAGUUUCUAUACAUUUCAGGUGGUUCUGUCCCUAUAAUUCCCCAAAGAAUGGGCUGUUGUUUUUAACAAAGGUUAUUCUGUGGUUGGUUUGCCUUGGCAAUGUUUUUGUAAUUCUCCUGAUAAGUCACGCUCUUCUUUUGGCAGAUGACUUUGGCACCGACCUUUUUGCUGUGGCAGUUCACGAGUUUGGCCAUAGCCUUGGGCUGGCACACUCACCCUCCAAGCAUUCAAUCAUGCGCCCCUACUACCAGGGACCAGUGGGAGACCCACUGCAAUACCAGCUGCAAGCGGAUGACCGGACUGAGAUACAGAAGCUUUAUGGUAUGUGCAGUGGGUGGAUUGCUGAGCAGCAUGGACCUACUCUAGGGAGGACUUCAUCUAAGUCUCUCUAGAUCAUUUAGACCUACUGAGAGGUCUCUGGGUGAUUUGUAGUAGAUUGGCAAGGAUUCCUGACUCCUGGUUGCUGACCAUUUUGCGACAAAGGCCACAUUUGCACCACACAUUUAAAACGCUAUGAUACUGCUUUAACAGCCGUAGCUUCUCCCAAGGAAUCCUGGGAACUGUAGUUUGUUAAGGGUGCUGAGAGUUGUUAUGAAUCAUAGAAUCAUAGAAUCAUAGAGUUGGAAGAGACCACAAGGGCCAUCGAGUCCAACCCCCUGCCAAGCAGGAAACACCAUCAGAGCACUCCUGACAUAUGGUUGUCAAGCCUCUGCUUAAAGACCUCCAAAGAAGGAGACUCCACCACGCUCCUUGGCAGCAAAUUCCACUGUCGAACAGCUCUUACUGUCAGGAAGUUCUUCCUAAUGUUUAGGUGGAAUCUUCUCUCUUGUAGUUUGGAUCCAUUGCUCCGUGUCCGCUUCUCUGGAGCAGCAGAAAACAACCUUUCUCCCUCCUCUAUGUGACAUCCUUUUAUAUAUUUGAACAUGGCUAUCAUAUCACCCCUUAACCUCCAUCUUCUCCAGGCUAAACAUGCCCAGCUCCCUUAGCCGUUCCUCAUAAGGCAUCGUUUCCAGGCCUUUGACCAUUUUGGUUGCCCUCGUCUGGACACGUUCCAGUUUGUCAGUGUCCUUCUUGAACUGUGGUGCCCAGAACUGGACACAGUACUCCAGGUGAGGUCUGACCAGAGCAGAAUACAGUGGCACUAUUACUUCCCGUGAUCUAGAUGCUAUACUCCUAUUGAUGCAGCCCAGAAUUGCAUUGGCUUUUUUAGCUGCCGCGUCACACUGUUGGCUCAUGUCAAGUUUGUGGUCAACCAAGACUCCUAGAUCCUUUUCACAUGUACUGCUCUCAAGCCAGGUGUCACCCAUCUUGUAUUUGUGCCUCUCAUUUUUUUGCCCAAGUGCAAUACUUUACAUUUCUCCCUGUUAAAAUUCAUCUUGUUUGUUUUGGCCCAGUUCUCUAAUCUGUCAAGGUCAUUUUGAAGUGUGAUCCUGUCCUCUGGGGUGUUAGCCACCCCUCCCAGUGAGGGGUGAGACCCCUGUUCCCCUUGCAGAGCUGCAAUUCCCAAAGUGGUUUAACAAUCAAUCUCUGGGAAUUGUGUAGGCGAGGGUCUCCUAACAUCUCUGUAAUGAUAACUAGAAGUAUACAAAGGUACAGUUAAUUUUCACGAUCUUUACCUUUAACUAGAUAACAAGCUUACCCAAAUUGAUCAAAACAGAUGUCUUCAUCUGCCUGUCCUGGAUAGGGUUGCCAUAUUUUUUAAAAAGUACAAACAACUAGGACACCCUGGAAGUUUUUUUACUUUGUUUUUUUAAAAAACUCGAAGGUUGUUCAGCUUUUUUUAGACAAAUCCCAAGAUAGCUUACAAAAACGCCCCCAAACCGUGAUUUUUCAGUUUACUCACCAAAGAUCCAAGACAAACCAUUGACCUUGUCCUGGAGAAUGAGGCUGGAUCUAGACACAUCAAAGAAGCAUUUCAGUUAAACGCGUUGUAAACUUUGUAGGAGAAAUCGAGUUAGCAAAAACAGACCUCCACAGCGCCAUCUGGUGUCACAGUGUUAGAAUGCAUAAGCGUUUUUUCUCUGCCAUUGUAGCUGAGUCCUGACUUCUUCUUCUUCAUCCCUUACUGCCAGCACUGGAGCAAAUCAUCCCACUGCUGCUUGCAGAGGCAGACAGAGGCAAAAGCUAUAGAUCCAUUCCAGCCUUUUUAUUCUGCCUGCAUCUCUCUCAUGUCUGCUUCCUUCCUCCUGCCUUCAUCUCUCCCCCACUGCUGCUUCCCUGCAGGUCACGACCACUGAUGGGGGUGGGUUGCCCUUUGACACGAUCUCCUUCUUGCCAUGACCCCUGGCUUAUUGAAACAUUAUGGUGUUUCUGGGUACCCCCAGCACUCACCAGUGCAUGUCUAUGUACACCGCUUAGAGACUGUUAGAAUUCCUGCUCCGUGAUUGCAGUCAUGGGAUUGUUGUCUUUCACAUGACGGUAUGUGUUUUGACUCCACAGAGUGGGAAGUGACGGAGACAGGAUGUUUGUGUUACUGUGUUCCGUGAAGUGGGACAAUUGUCCUUUGUUCUUUCUCUUUACUGUCUGAUUCUAGAGAGAGAGGGAGCCAUGUUUAAGUGCUUUGUGUGUGUUUACAUGUAAAUAAAGUAGAUUAGCCAAAAUGCUGAGUUCUGUUAUGCAAGCUGUGCAAACUCUGAGGAUCCCUAAGUGUGCCAGUGUCUGUUGGCAUUGGUCGCUGUGAUGUUCGGGCAGAAGAAAGCUUUUGAAGCUCCCGAACGAUCGACCAGGAGGGAGGGAACAUGCCAGUCGGGCAUGUGUCUCUGCAGGGGUCCUACUCGAGUGUAGGACAAGCUCCUGACAGAGACUUCAGUAACUGAGCAGUAUAUUUACCUAAAAUAAAUACGGUACAUCUUGGGGUUCUGGGAAGAAACAAAACAGAUCUCACUGGACUGAAGCCUGUCCUCCCCUUCUCUAGAUAACAUAUUGUAGCGGGUCAAAUAGGCCUCUUAAAGAGGAUUAGGGCCAAAGAGUGUUAAUCUUGCACAUCUCUGAUCCGUCAAACUGUAUGCCCGUAUUUGCUCCAGCUGGGCAAAUUCCUAACAGAGCAGCACUUAGAUUAAUAGACUUACCGUUUUUUCCUAAGAUCCAUGGAAAGGCCUGUUAGGAUUGCCCAGUCUGUCCUUCUAUAGUCAGAGAAUCCUGACAGCUCCUUCGGUGAGUUGCAGAAAAACAUGUGCAGGCUGGGAAAAACUAGUCUUGAAUCUGGUUUGGAAAAUGAAAUCCUUGGGCUUUUGCAAAGACGUCUUUAGGGAUGUGAAAAAGCAGAGCCGUGCUUAUAUUCCAGAGUCAACUUCUCGUACUCUGGCAGAUGAAAUGGGAUAUUUUUAAUUUGGCUGUAUCUUCUUCUUCUUUGGCGAUCACCCGUAGCCGAGUAAGAUUGUCUUCCAUAAAUACGGUCUUAACAGUGAGUCCGUAAGUGAUUGUGGAGGCCAAUUCUGGAUGCACACGUCCUUCCACAGUGGGGACAUAGGUUUCCAGGCAGGAGUUGAUCACAGUGUGGAUUUGCCAAGCGUGUCUUCCUCUUAGCACGUUUCUCCCUUUCGUCCUGAGUUUGAGCAUCUUCAAAGCCCAUGACAGCUGUUCUCCCAUUGGAGCACUCCCAGGCCAGUGUUUCCCAGUUGUCAGUGUUUAUACUACAUUUUUAAAAAUUUGCCUUGAGAGAGUCUUUAAACCUCUUUUGUUGUCCACUAGCAUUACACUUUCCAUUUUUUUAUUUAAUAAAUAAUUUUUUUAUUAAUUUUUACACAUAUUUUCCAGCAUAACAUCCUUUUAAACAUCAUUUUGAAUUUUUUGGCUAUUACAGAAUGGGGCUGUGUACCAGCAGAUAAUACGCGCUUUGGGUGUGCCUGGUAAAAGCACCUCUGAAACCACCCUGUGAUAAAUUCGUAACUGUUAACGCUGCAACCAGCCUUAUAUUCCCAAACAAAACAAAGCGACCCCUCACAUUUUGAGAUGCAGACUAAAAGCAGUAUGAAUUUGGACAGUAAAUAAGCAAAUCACGAGCCAUAACCGAUGAUGGGCCGUGCUAGAGUAGGUGACAUUUAAAGCUCUGCAGGACUGCAGAAUUUAACCUUCGCCAACCCCUCUAAAGCAGGCUUCCUCACACUUGGCCCUCCAGAUGUUUUUGGCCUACAACUCCCAUGAUCCCUAACUAGCGGGAUCAGUGUCAGGAAUGAUGGGAAAUGUAGUCGCAAAACAUCUGGAGGGCCGAGGUUGAGGAAGCCUAAUCUAAAGGUUUCUGCAUGUUUUCCAGUGCUGUGCUGGCUGAUGGGACUUGUUGUCCAAAACAUCUGGAGGGUGCCAGAUCACAUGAUAUUAGGCCAAGGGCCUGCAUACAGCUCAGGAUGUGGGCUACCCACUCCAGAUACCCCUCAUUCCAGUUAGGUGUAGCGGUAAGCUUGGCCAUGAAGUUCACUGGGUGCCCUUGGGCCAGUUGCCAACACUCAGCCCAAACUACCUCACAGGGCUGUUGUGAAGAUCAUAUGGAGCUGGGGGGGGGCAAUGCAUGGCACUCUGACCCCCUUGGAGUAAAGGUGGGAUAGAAGAUGCCAUAGUAAAGGUAAAGGUACCCCUGCCCGUACGGGCCAGUCUUGACAGACUCUAGGGUUGUGCGCCCAUCUCACUUAAGAGGCUGGGGGCCAGCGCUGUCUGGAGACACUUCCGGGUCACGUGGCCAGCGUGACAAAGCUGCAUCUGGCGAGCCAGCGCAGCACACGGAACACCGUUUACCUUCCCGCCAGUAAGCGGUCCCUAUUUAUCUACUUGCACUUUAAGGGUGCUUUCGAACUGCUAGGUUGGCAGGUGCUGGGACCGAGCAACGGGAGCGCACCCCGCCGCGGGGAUUCGAACUGCCGACCUUUUGAUCGGCUAGCCCUAGGCACUGAGGCUUUUACCCACAGGGCCACCCGCGUCCCUUGUAGAAGAUGCCAUAAUAAAUAAAUAAAAUAAAAUAAUUUAUUAUUUAUACCCCGCCCAUCUGGCUGGGCUUCCUCAGCCACUCUGGGCAUCUUCCAACAAAAUAUUAAAAUAGAGUAAUGCAUCAAACAUUAAAAGCUUCCCUAAACAGGGCUGCCUUCAGAUGUCUUCUAAAAGUUUGGUAGUUGUUUUUCUCUUUGACAUCUGGUGGGAGGGCGUUCCACAGGGUGGGUGCCACUACCGAGAAGGCCCUCUGCCUGGUUCCCUGUAACCUGGCUUCUCACAGCGAGGGAACCGCCAGAAGGCCCUCGGCACUGGACCUCAGUGUCCAGGCAGAACGAUGGGGGUGGAGAUGCUCCUUCAGAUAUACUGGACCAAGGCCGCUUAGGGCUUUAAAGGUCAGCACCAACACUUUGAAUUGUGCUGGGAAAUAAAUAAGCAAGCAAGCAAAUUGUGUAUUUACGUUUGCACAUCCAUGUUAUCUUUCUCUUUCUUUCUCUCUUUCAGGAAGUCGAGUUCUUCAUUCUACAGAGAAGCCAGAGGUAACCUCGCUGCUCCCAGAUCUUCUCUCCUUGCCGCACGACUUCCCUGCCCUCAGGUUAGAAAGGGCCCUUUCUACCACAUACCUUGGGGAAAGGGAUAGACAAAGGGUUCUUUACCGCAUAUGCAUGCACUGGACCCCACUUGACGCCGGAGUUGUUGUUCCCAGCAGCUAUACAUCUGCAGUAUCGAGUGUGAUGCUGCAAAUGAUGGCACAGAGCAGAUGUGGGGAGCCUUUGCCCCCCCCAGAUGUGGCUGAGUUGCAGUGUCCAUCAUUCUUGGCCAUUGGCCGUGCUUGCAGGGACUGAGUUGUAUUUCAGCAACAUGAACUACAUAUAAAACAUGUAUGGCUAACUUGCAACCCAAGUAUAGCUCCCUAAUUGAUUUCUGGCCCUCAUUCACACACAAUAAUUCAGCUGCUGUGCUGGCGACACACACACACACACACACACACACACACACACACACACACACACACACACAGUGGAACCUCACACCGUAAACCCAGAAGUAAAUGCUUCCAUUUUUGAUAGCGCUUCGGAAAUCGAACUUCCGAGGCGGCUUCCGUAUUGGGUUUUUCGUGUUAAUUUUUCUGUUUUGAGGCUUCCAUAUAGGGUUUUCGAAUGUUUCGGAACUCAAAUGGUCUUCUGGAAUGGAUUACGUUAGAAAACUGAGGUUCCACUGUACACACACACACACACACACACACACACACACACACACCAAUCCUUUGUACAAAAGUUAAACUCACAUUUGUUGCUCUGCCCACCAGGUUUGCUGUGUGAAAUGUCGGACUGCUGUCUGUUGAGCACAUGGCAUAUAAAAAUAAAAAUAGGCAUUGCAAUGUUUUUCAUUGGGUAAGCAUCUUCCCGUUUCUUGUGUUAACAGAGAAUUCUGCAUCAUAAAUCUUCCUCCUGUCUGAGGGUUUUAUGCAGUUCCUAAUCAUACCCAUUAACAAAAGCGGACCCAGGCUUUUUCCUUUUUUUUGUUUUUGUUUUUUUGUUUCGAAAAUCACCUUAAUAGUCUGUAGCUUUCCCCAGUGGAAUAAUUCUUGUUUCCUACAGUAUGGUGCUGUGUAUGGGCAACUUCCUAGGCUCCUCUCAGUAGACCGGGGGUCUGGGAAGAUGAUCAACUGGGCACCUUUCAAAUUCUGGAUUUGUCCAUAUGUGCCAUUGCAGCUUUAUGCCUUUUGCACAUGCUCUGCAGCCCCUGUGUUGGUCCCAUGGUCACUGCUAACUUUGGUGUAAACAGGCAUGGCAGAGUCAUCAGUACAUCUGGACUGUGGGGGGGGGUGCAAAUCUAUCCUCUUCCCUUCAAAACUGCUGUAUUGAUUCACUGACUGACUCGCUUGGGUAGAUCAGCAUUCCUUUCAUAGCUCUGCGGUUUGGAAGAUCAAGAUGUUGCUGCAUCCCUUUUUAUUGCCCCAAAUUCUUUCUUGGCCUGGAUUUUUAAAAAAAAAAAAAUUAAGUGUGCAGGGUGAAAUAGCUUCCUCCAUGUGGGGAUCACUUUCUGUCAGCCUAAACUCCCUCGCAGGGUUAUUGUGAGGAUAAAACAGGGAAGAACAAUGUAUACCCCUUGAGGUCCUAUUGCCCACUGGAGGGAUGUGAACAUGAAUGCAGAAGGAGAGGCCAACUUUUCCUCCUUGAAGAUAAAUUUAAAAAUACCGCACUGAGAAGUCACAUCGCUGCCUUUCCCCCACUUCUUCGUUUCAGGUCCGGGAAGGAAUUCCCCGAUCGCUGCGCCUCCAACAUUGACGCUGUCACUCAGAUCAGAGGUGAAACGUUCUUUUUCAAAGGUCUGUGGCGUUUUCUGUGACCUUGUUCUGUGAAGCCAUUUCUUCCAGCAGUAGCUGAGUGGUAUCAGAACAUGCUUGCUUUGCAUGCAAAAGAAGAAGAAGAAAGCCCCAAAUUCAAAACCUGGCAAUGUCAGGGCCGGCAGGAAAAGAAUCCUGUAUGAAAUCUUCGAGAGCCAACCACAGUCAGCAAACUCUGGAGCGGCCAAUGUGAUGUUGCUGGACUCCGGUGCCCAACAGCCCCAAUGAGUAUGGCAUUUGAAGGGACGCGGGUGGCGCUGUGGGUUAAACCACAGAGCCUAGGACUUGCUGAUCAGAAGGUCAGCGGUUUGAAUCCCUGCAACGGGGUGAGCUCCCGUUGCUCGGUCCCUGCUCCUGCUAACCUAGCAGUUCGAAAGCACGUCAAAGUGCAAGUAGAUAAAUAGGUAAAGCUCCGGCGGGAAGGUAAACGGCGUUUCUGUGAGCUGCUCUGGUGCGUCAGAAGCGGCUUAGUCAUGCUGGCCACAUGACCCGGAAGCUGUACCCCAGCUCCCUUGGCCAAUAAAGCGAGAUGAGCACCGCAACCCCAGAGUCGGCCACGACUGGACCUAAUGGUCAGGGGUCCCUUUACCUUUAUAUAGUCAGGAAUAAUUGGAGCUGCAGCCCAGCCACAGGGGUCCAAUCCAUUGUCCUGUAACCAGAUUCCAAAACAGUGUCUAGUCCAAAGUGAUGCAUGUUGGGGCAACUUUUAAAAAAAUAAAAAAAUCCCACAGGACCUGCAGCCAAACUAAGCUCAUUGUAGCUCACAUGCACCACCCUGCCCCCGUGAUUGAGCCCCCCCAUGGCGUGCUGAUGUCACUUGUGCACAUCACAAGGGAUGUGGGUGGUGCUGUGGUCCAAACCACUUAGCCUCUUGGGCUUGCCGAUCAGAAGGUUGGCGGUUCAAAUCCCUGCGACAGAGUGAGCUCCCGUUGCUCUGUCCCAGCUCCUGCCAACCUAGCAGUUCGAAAGCACACCAGUGCAAGUAGAUAAAUAGGUACCACUGUGGCGGGAAGGUAAAUGGCGUUUCUGUGCGCUCUGGCUUCCGUCAUGGUGUCUCGUUGCAUCAGAAGUGGUUUAGUCAUGCUGGCCACAUGACCCGGAAAACUGUCUGUGGACAAAUGCCGGCUCCCUCGGCCUGAAAGCGAGAUGAGCGCCACAACCCCAUAGUUGCCUUUGACUGGACUUAACUGCCCAGGGGUCCUUUACAUUUACCUUACCUACUUGUGCACACUAUGGGGCAGGCAUGCUCCUGUGUUGCACGGGUGCUCCAUAGCUUGCGUGCAUGAUGUGAGCAUGCCCUGUGCCAUGUGUGUAUGGCUGCUGUGGAACUUUGAGGGGGCCUGGCCCCUUCAAUGAAUUUUAUUUUUGGGGGUUCUGCCCCAUCUCUUACUUGGCAUGCCUUUUGCAACUUCUGGGAGCGUGUGACCAAUAGCUCAACAACAGGCCUUGCAAAUGGGCCCUUCCAGCUCUACGAUUCUAUGAUAUGGAGGGCAUCUUUUAUGGCUACCCCAGAGAUAGGCGGAACUAAGCUAAAUGGACCAAUGUAUGCAAGGUGCAUUCUGAUGCUCCUGCUCUUUAUGAAAAACAUGGAUGGGUCGUGCCUUUCCUUGCCCUGGGCACAUCGAAUCAUCGAGUUGGAACAAGAGACUCUUCUCCCAGUAAGGAUGUGUACUGUAUGUCAUGUAAUUCUACUCAAUAUGAUCCAGAGCAGAACUCCAACAUAUAGUUAGCAGAGUAAAAACUUAAACACGUUGCAUGACCAGAGGCAGUUGUAUUUCAUCCAGCCGAGCUUUACUGCUACUGAAGGCAAAUGAACAUAAUGGUCACAAAUCCAAUACAUUCAGGAUUGGCACUGUCCGUAAGAAGUCCAGUUGCAGCAGACUUACCUUAAACGUAAAUAACUUAUAAGAAGACUAAAACUUAACACUAAGCAUACUAUAUGCAGAACACCACACCAGAAAGGCAAAGAGAUAGAAAGAGAAAAGUGAAAACAGGGCUCCUUCUGGCCUUACUAUUAUAGUCAGCAUGACUUAGACCAGCCUUUUUCAACCUGUGGGUCCCCAGAUGUUGGACUACAACUCCCAUCACCCCUAGCUAGCAAGGCCAGAGCUCAGGGGUGAUGGGAGUUUUAGUCCAACAAUAUCUGGGAGCCCACAGGUUGAGAACCGCUGACUAGACAGAAGAGAUAACUGGCAGAAGAGAUAGCCUGUGGUACUCAGCUUCUCUGAAGGAAUAACCCAAACAUCAUGAACCUUCUGCUUGUUCUGCUGUUCCAGAACCCUCUUGAAUUAAUUAGAAUAGGAAAAAUCUCUACACAUCAGAUCAAUACUUUCUGUACUAAGAAAUGCAAACUCACGGUGUGUUGUGUCUGAGGAAAUCCUAGCUGCUCUCUCGCAAUCUGUAGCAGUGAGAAUGGUGUGUGUUUAUGACAGAGUGCUUGGAAUAGUGGUAGGUCAGCUCGCAACAUUCUGUCAUGUUGCAGAGUGACCAAGAGAUAUCAAGUUGCUUCUCCUAGCUGGGAUGUGACGUUGUAUUUUUCCUACCCCCCCCCCACCACCAUAUGGCAGGUCAGUACUUCUGGCGCCUGACUCAAGGUCGUCACCUCACUUCUCUGCGCCCAGCCUUGAUCAGCGGCUUCUGGCGAGGCCUCCCUUCCACGCUCCGCAAAGUAGAUGCCGUUUAUGAGAGACACAUAGAUCAUCGCAUCCUCUUCUUCAGCGGUAAGGGGUGGGUGUUCCUGUGUGCGAGGCAACUGGGCUGGCUUGCAUAAGAAAGUCCAAACUAGGUCCAUCUCCUAGAGAUUAUAAUUCUUUGAAGGAGAACCACCUGAACAUGAUUGACAGAUGGUAUUUGACUCUGGAGUAGGCUUGCUAAGAUUUACAAGACAGAAUCAGAUUAAGUGCUGGAGGUGUAGAGAGGUGGAGGGAACAUUCCUUCAUAUGUGGUGGACGUGUAAAAGGGUAAAAGAGUAUUGGGAAAUGAUUUAUAAUGAAUUGAGAAAAUUUUUUAAAAGUACUAUCUCAAAAAAACCCCAGAGUCCUUUCUGCUGGGGAUAGCUCAGACUGAAAUUCCCAGGUGUCAGAAAAGAUUACAGUGGUACCUCGGGUUAAGUACUUAAUUCGUUCUGGAGGUCCGUUCUUAACCUGAAACUGUUCUUAACCUGAAGCACCACUUUAGCUAAUGGGGCCUCCUCCUGCUGCUGCGUUGCUGCCGCACGAUUUUUGUUCUCAUCCUGAAGCAAUGUUCUUAACCCGAGGUACUAUUUCUGGGUUAGCAGAUUCUGUAACCUGAAGCAUUUGUAACCCAAGGUACCACUGUAUUUAUGUAUGCAACAACUGCGGCCCGUGUUUUGUUAUCCCCAAAAUGAGCAAGGUCCCAACCAAAGAAGAUUGGCAAAUUAAGUUGACAGAAUAUGCACAACUUGCAAACUUAACAUAUAGAGUAAGAGACCAAGAAGAACAUACAUUUAGAGAAGAUUGGAAAAGGUUUAUUGCAUAUGUGGAAAAAAAUUGUGUAUAGCUGAAAACGCUGGUAGCAUUAAGAUAAAUUCAACAGUGUAAAUAAGUUUUGAGGGACGCAAUAAUGGAAAACCAAUUGGUAUAGUUUUUGUAAAAUAUGCAGGGAUAUGAGAUAUGUAAAAUGAUCAAUGGAAAGAGAAGAAGGGAAGUCAUUGAUGUCGUAAGAUGUAAAAUAUUUAUCUGAAAUUGUAAAACAGAAAAUUUAAUAAAAAUCAUUAAAAAAAAUCAGCUAGGUCUAUCUCACAUCCUGUUUCCAACUGAUGCGAGCUGAAUUUGCUAUAAUAAAAUUGUUAGUUUUUGAGGCACUACAACUUGUUGUGUUUGCUGGGACAUUCAAGAAAAUUUUAUUUAUGUAUUCCCUUUACAUCCCAUGAUUUCGUCAAGCAGCUCAAGGGGCUGCAUGUGGUUCUCCCUCUCUCCAUCCUCACAACAACCUUGUGAGGUAGGUUAGGUUGAAAGAGAUGGACUGGCCCAAACUCACUCCAUGAGCUUCAUGGGUAGGUGGGGAUUUGAGCCCUUGUCCCCUAGCCACUACACAACACUGCCUUGCUAUUGAUGUCCUCUCUUUCUCUCCCCUGCUCAAGGACCUCUGUACUGGGUAUUUAAGGACAACGGUGUGGAAGAGGGCUACCCCCGCCCUGUCACAGACUUUGGGCUGCCCCAGGGGGGCAUCGAUGGUGCUUUCUCGUGGCCUGUUGACAGGAAAACCUAUUUCUUCAAGGGAGAUCUGCACUGGUGCUAUGAUGAAGCCACAGCGCACAUGGAAGAAGGAUUCCCCGUCCACAGAGAACCCUGGGAACACUUCCCCGCCUCCGUAGAUGCUGUGCUGAGUGAGAACGAUGGUGAGCUUGUACUUAAUUUAUAUAUAUACCGUACUUUUCCGUGUAUAAGAUUAGGUUUUUUUCUUUUAAAAUUAUGCUAAAAAGUGGGGAGGCCGUCUUAAACAUAGUGUGGGUGUUUGAUUGCUUGCUGCCAUGGCUGUCAGCGGAUAUUGUGCAUGUUAUUGGUUGCUGCGUCAAUGGCUGGUGUUGCUUGGCUGAUGCUGCAGCAAUUGGGCGGGUGAUUGGCAGCUUUUGCUGGCGAUGGGACAGAUGAGAGGCGGAUUUUGCAACGCAUGCAGGGAAGCGAUUUUCAGCAAUCCUCCCCAAAAGAAGCUCAACAACUCUGUGCCAUCUCCCCCCAUUUUCUUAAAUUUGAGUCUCCCAAAAUAGGGGGUGUCUUAUGCAUGGGGGCAUCUUAUACAUGGGAAAAUACGGUAAUUUUUAUUAAUUUUUCUGUUUUACAAUUUAGAAUACUCAUUUAAACAUCCUUAAAAUAUCAAUGACUUCCCUUCUUCUCUUUCCAUGGUUCAUUCUGCAUAAUCACAAAUCCCUGCAUAUUUUACAUAAACUAAACCAUUCAGUAUUCCAUUAUUACAUCCACCAAAGCUUAUUUACACUGUUGAAUUUAUCUUAAUGCUCCCAAGUUUUUCAAGUGUGCACAAAUUCCCCCCAUAUAUUCAAUAAACAUUUUCCAGUCUUCUCUAAAUGUAUGUUCUUCUUGUUCUCUUAUUCUAUAUGUUAAGUCUGCAAGCUGCGCAUAGUCCGUCAGCUUAAGUUGCCAUUCUUCUUUAGUUUGGACCUUGCCUGUUUUCCAUUUUGGGGCUAAGAAAACAUGGGCUGCAGCAGUGGCAUACAUUAACAACCUUUUUUGACACCUGGGAAUUUCAGUCUGUAUUAUCCCCAACAGAAAGGACUCUGGGUGUGUGUUUUUUGGAAAGUACUAGCUUGUACUUAAUUUUUCUCUGCAUUUCGCUGGAGUUGCCUGCAGUCCUGUCUAGUGGCUCCCAAAUGUGGAAACACGUUCCGAUAAUAAUGCAAUAGCAUUGUCAAAGCAGCGCAGAACAACUAAGGAAGUGGAAUGAUCAAUCCGCCGCUAAUGCGUUAUUAUCGCCUCAAUGACAUGUUGCAGAAUAAAAGCUAAAGGUGAAGGGACCCCUGACCAUUAGGUCCAGUAGUGACUGACUCUGGGGUUGCAGCGCUCAUCUCGCUUUAUUGGCCGAGGGAGCCAGCGUACAGCUUCUGGGUCAUGUGGCCAGCAUGACUAAGCCACUUCUGGCAAACCAGAGCAGCGCACGGAAACGCUGUUUACCUUCCCGCCGGAGUGGUACCUAUUUAUCUACUUGCACUUUGACGUGCUUUCGAACUGCUAGGUUGGCAGGAGCCGGGACCAAGCAAUGGGAGCUCACCCUGUCGCGGGGAUUUGAACCGCCGACCUUUUGAUCGGCAAGUCCUAGGCUCUGUGGUUUAACCCACAGUGCUACCCGUGUCCCUAUGUUGCAGAAUACAACCCACAAAAAACAGAAACCCUGUCUGGCGGCACCCUUUGUCCUGUCCUCUUAAAUAUCCCGCUUAUUUGUUGCUGAUGCUCCUUUUUGUCUUGUUGCAGGAACACUGUAUGCCUUUAAGGGCAGGGAGUACUGGAAGUUUGAGCCACACAACCUCAAGCCCCAGACUGGCUACCCUCGAUCCAUAGCUAAGGACUGGCUGGAUUGCACAGGAGAACUGUACCCUCCCCGGAGCCUGCCUACCAGCCCUGCAUCAGGAGCCGAACACCGGCCGGAUUUGCGGGGUCCUCAGCUCGAGGUGGAACGAUGUGUGUGCUUUUGCUCUGCCUUUCGUGUGAUGUCGUGGGGCUUGCUCAGCUGCCUGGUGGUGGCUCUCCUGGCACUGCAAGGAUUUGCCUAGGAAGGACACAGAACCUUGCCUGGCCAUCACUUUGCUCCACAAGGAUCCUCGGCAGCACCAACCCCAAUUGCCACAUUGCACGUCCGUGGGAGGGAAGGAAAAGAAUAUGAAGAAAGAGAGGAAAGGGAGAGACAUCCCCAGGGAAGCACGAUGCGGGGAAGCAACUUGGAUGCAAGGAUGAGAUCGCAGUCCUUCAGUGAUAGGGGCAGCGGCUCUGCCUAUGGUUAAAGGAAAUUCUUCAAACGGGAAUCCUUUGGUGCAAAUGCAACAGGAAAGGGGACACAAUGCAAAAGGUUUUUCAGGAUCCGGGAGCAUCCUAUGUGGAACGCCUGCAGUGUUGACAUCUGUCUGUCUCGAGAGACAGCGGAGUGCGCUUCCAGGGUGAAGUCAAACCACUAUGUUAGCAGCACUGAAGUCAGGGCACAAGUCAGGGCAGUAUGUAUGGAGGUCCUGGGCUGUCCCAGACGAGAAGGCCCACCCCGCCACCCUCACUGAUGUGGUCCAAAGGAAAGCAGGGCAAUAUGUUGGGCACCAGUUUGGCUGCAGGAGUUGCCAAAAGGAGACACGCAAGGCGCCAUGCAGCCAUCUUUGGGACUCCACUCUGUAAUUGUGUAGGGUUUACUCUUGAGCCUUUUUUCCCCUCCCAAAGAUGUCCCCCAAGGCAGUGGAGGUUUAGGAACAGAGUUCUCCUAGAUGGGCUACCUUCCCAGGUUGACCCCUGUAGACUGUCAAUAUUUUGCUGGGGACGGGGAUUCAAGAGCAUAACUGGGAAAUUUAAGUUUGCUCAAAUAAACUGGAUUAAAGUUUGCUCUGUUGCCUGUCUGCAACAUAUCCGCUUUAAAACAACACAUCAAAGCAGUUUGGAAAGCAGUUGGGAAAGGGGGGU